AAAACAAAAUGCUUUCUACGGCAACUCUCCGCCGCCACUUUCCACAACUUCCAGUCGCACGAGCUUCUCCUUCGUCAGAUACGCCGGCGGUUUCCUCUGGUGUAUGGUCUAUGAUCAGGACUACGAAUGAAAGGAAUAACCUUGGUCUCUUCCAUUCCAUACUUGGCGCCAAAUCCAAAUCUCCCACGCAAGUUUACGCGGAGGUUUCUAAACAUGGCUCAGCAGUGAUAGAGUGGCUAGAUACUGUCAACAGUGACGAAGAAGGGGAAGCUCAUAACGUUUUGAUUUCGAAAGAGAUAGCGGAGAGGGUGAGUUCUAUUAAAUAAAUGUUGAAUUCAAUGGAGGGUGGAGAAAUUAGUAUCUCGGCCUACGACACUGCAUGGGUGGCUCUAGUCGAAGAUAUUCAUGGAAGUGGUGUUCCUCAGUUCCCUUCUAGCAUUCGGUGGAUCGUCGAAAAUCAGCUCCCAGAUGGUUCUUGAGGUGACCGUGGGAUGCUCUCUGCUCACGAUCGGAUACUAAACACUUUGGCUUAUGUGGUUGCAUUGAAAUCAUGGAACGUAUACCCAGAGAGAUGGGAGAAAGGUAUGACAAAAUUAACUAAAUACUGGUUCAUCAUCAGUUGUACGUAUUAUCAGUUCAUCAAUUGAGUGUGAUGAUUAUAUAGGCUAAUUAAUUAAGAUGGGUUUUGCUUUGGCUUACUAGGAAUGUUAUUCAUUCGGGAGAACAUGUGCAUGCUCGAAACUGAAAAUGCAGAGAACAUGCCGAUAGGCUUUGAAAUUGCUUUCCCCUCUCGUAUUGAAAUUGCUAAAUAUCAGGAUUUGCAAGUUCCAGAUGAUUCUGCUUUCAUGCAAGAGAUAUAUACCAAGCGGAACGCCUCAGCUUUCUGCUUUCAUGCUUUCCCUUCUCUAAAUUGUUUUUUCUCAGUACCUACCUAAUGUCUAUCCUGUCGACUUGUUUGAACAUAUUUGGGCUGUUGA